UCGUGUCUCCGUGCCUAGCACACAACAACACGAAUAGUCCCUCUCCACCCACACGCGCAAGAAAAACAGCAAACGUGCAGAAUAUGGCGAACGAAACGAAUUAGAGAGGAACAAAAUUACCAUCACGAUUGCCCAAAUUGGCGACGUUUGAUUCUCUGAAAUUGUUUCCACGGCUGAAAUUUGCUGCUACAUGCUGGUUUCCAUGGCCAACUCGUGAUCGAAGUGGUGCCCCCUUUUCCAAAACCCUAGGAGAGAGAAACUUCGCGCUGAAACGGCCUCUUGGGGCUCUCAGGUUGUGCCCUGGCUUCCAAUUACGCUACCCUUUUGUGGAUUCAGACUCUUUAACGAUGGGAAGUGAAGCUUUAAGAUAUUAGAGGUUGGGAAUGAAUGGAUAUAAAUCAGGAUCUGCUCUCCUUGUAAAUGCUGAAGUUGAUUCUAUGGGUGGAGUUGUUGACGGCGGAGUUGGCAUAGGUUUGAAGAUCUCUCCGUGCAGAGCAGCAAUUGAGAAGGCUCAAGCAGAGCUCAGAGAGGAGUAUGAUGUUCGUGAAGAAAGAAGAAGAGAGCUUGAAUUUCUUGAAAAAGGUGGGAAUCCUCUGGACUUUAAGUCCGGGAAUGCUGCUUCAGUUAGUGUUCAGUCUACUUCACUCACUGAUCAGCCUCAUGAGCAGUUUGUGUCCAGUGAAGCAAAAGGUAGUUUUGCAUUGACUCCCUCCCCUCAUGGUGACUCUGUUGACAGUAGUGCUAGACCUGGGGCUCCUUUGGCUAGUGAACCUAAUACUGCUGAUAAUCUCCUACUUUUUGAUGGUGAGAAUGAGUUGCCUGAAACUGAAAGGAGGUGCCUGCAUUCAAACAGAAGGAAUAAUAUUGCUCUGUCAGAACAGUCUUCCCAAAUUGAUGGAAAUCUUAAUGCUAAGGAAACUGAAGAUUCUGCCAUUUUCCGGCCAUAUGCUCGAAGGAACAGAUCUAGAUCAGGUCACGGUCCUCGGGGGGCUUCAAGGGAAGUGAAGGGGUUAAUGUCUGAAACGAAUAGCCAAAAGAACCUUAAUUUGACAACUUUGUCUAAGCCAAAGCUUUCCAGUUUGAAUGGUGAUGUUGGUACCAAAAAUUUGAUUACUAAUAAUACUCUGAAUAAUGAAUUGGUUGGGAUCCGAGAUCAUCAAUCCACUAGUGGCAAUGCUAGUGUUCCCGAAGACAAAUUGGAUAUUACGGUGAAUAGAAGCUUAAAAGAAAAUCAUGGAACUCUGCCUUCUGAAGAUAAUACUGUUCAAAAUCCUGUUCUCAUGGCUUUUGGAGAAGUUAACAUAGUUGAAUUAAGGGAUCCAGUAGCUGUUGUCAAUCAUGAACCUCCACCUCAUGUACCUACUACAAAACCUGAAAAUGGACCUUAUUGUCAGCCAAAUGGGUUUGGCAAUGUAGAAGUAGACAGGAAAAGUGCACUAAAUGAAGGCCAAAAUAGCAAUGCUACAUUAGGCAAGAAUAAUUUCGAUUUAGAGUCCUCGUGCACACAGACUAGUUUAGUUAGAGAUGUAAAUAAUGAUAGUGAUAUGUGUACCAAUACAAAGAACGUUGAUGCUAAUGGAAAUACCAUGGAACAAACAUUUGCAUUAAAGAAUAAACUGAACUCUGCUGAUUGUGAAGUUGUGAAAGGUAGGCAUAAGACAAAAAAUGUAAAUGGUGCUACUGUUAGCAAUGUGAAUGAUGCUGGUUAUCAAAACCAUUCUGGUUGUGGUAAUAUCACCAAAGCUGAGGAAGAUGUCCAUAUUAACAGUUCUUGCAUGUCAAAUAUCAAAGGAGUACAUCAUAAUGACAGUAACAUUUCAAAAACUGAUAAAGAUACUGUUUAUGUGGAUCAGUCCAAUUCUGUCAAGGAAACCAGCUGUGAAAGACAUGAGGUUCCUGUGGAUGUGUCACUUUCAGAACCUCCUCAGACUGCUCCAGCUGAAAAGGUUACAAGCGCUGCCACUGAUGAUCAACCAUGUCCUACACACAAUAUGAAGUUAGCAGACAAGGCUCGUGAAGAUUCAAUUUUGGAAGAGGCUAAAAUUAUAGAGGCCAAGCGGAAGAGAAUUGCAGAAUUAUCUCUUCGCUCCUUAUCCACACAGAACUGCAGAAAGUCACAAUGGGGUUUUCUUCUAGAGGAAAUGGCAUGGCUGGCAAAUGAUUUUGCUCAGGAGCGUCUUUGGAAGAUAGCUGCUGCUGCACAAUUGGGUCAUCAAACAGCUUUUACUUGUCAGUCAAGAUUUGAAAAACUAAACAAACAACUAGGGACAAAAAUUUUGUCUCACAGAAUAGCGAAGGCUGUCAUGCAGUUUUGGCAUUCGGCUGAGCUUCUUCUAGACAAUGAUCUUGGUAUUAACUGCAUUGUUGGUUGUGUUGAAUCUGGGAAAGUUGAUGCAAAUGAAGCUUUGAGGGAUCAAAGAAGAAAUAGCAAUAUGGAGACAAGCAAAUUUUUGGAGGGACAAAAUCCUGCAAAACAUGCUGCACUUAAAGUGCAUGCAUAUGCUUUGAGGUUUUUAGAUGCUAAUAGAUCUCAGGGAAUUUCCUCUCAAGCAGAAGCACCAACAACACCUGAAAAGAUAUUUGACUCAAGCACUGUAGAUAUGUCAUGGGAUGAGCAUCUUAAUGAAGAAAAUCUUUUCUAUGAAGUUCCUCCUACUGCAAUGGAAACAUAUAGAAAAGCUAUCGAAUCUCAUUUCCUACAGUUCGAGAAUAAUUUUUUUCAGAAAACUGGGAGUAGCAUUCAUGAGGAAAUUGAAAUGUCUGUGUAUGAUACUGCAGCAGAGUUUGGGUCUCAAGAGAAUGCAUAUGAUGAGGAAGAAGGAGAAACCGACACUUAUUACAUGCCCAGUGUCUAUGAGGGCAACAAAUCAUCAAAAUCUGCGCAGAAGAAACAUAAAAAUUUGAAGGCUUACACUCCUAGGUGUGGUGAUGCUGGUGCUGAUUUGCCUUAUGUACACUAUGCAACUGGAAAUCAACCAUCCAUGCUGUUUGGAAAAAGACCUGCUAGUGUAAAUGUUGGGUCAAUACCAACAAAGCGCAUGCGUACUGCUACUAGGCAUAGAGUUGUAAGUCCUUUCACCGUCAACAUGGGGACAGUACAGGCUCAAGCUAAUAAGGCGGAUGCUUCAAGUGGCGAUACCAAUUCCUUUCAUGAUGACCAGAGUACUUUACAUGUUGGUCCCCUGAUUCAGAAAAGUACUGAAGUGGAGUCAGUUGCAGAUUAUGAAAAACAGUUAUCUUAUGACUGUGUUGAAACAUUUGUUAAACCAAAGAAGAAGAAGAAGGGUGCUACAUAUGAUCAGGGAUGGCAGUUGGAUUCUGUUGUUCUAAAUGAACAGAAGGAUCAGUCCAAGAAGAGAGUGGAUAGUCAUCACUUUGAAUCUAAUGGAAGUUUGUGUGGGCAACCUAAUGCUAAGAAGCCAAAGAUAAUAAGGCAGUCACUUGAUAAUCCUUUCGACAACAUUGUUCCUAUGACUAAUUCUAUUCCUUCCCCUGCUGCGUCACAAAUGAGUAACAUGUCAAAUCCUAAUAAAUUUAUUAAGAUCAUUAGUGGGCGAGACCGGGCCCGGAAAACUAAAGCUCUGAAGAUUUCUGCUGCACAGCCUAUUUCUGGAAGUCCUUGGUCCCUUUUUGAAGAUCAGGCUCUUGUGGUGCUGGUGCAUGAUAUGGGUCCAAACUGGGAGCUCGUAAGUGAUGCUAUCAAUAGUGCUCUCCAAAUCAAGUGCGUCUUUCGGAAACCAAAAGAAUGCAAGGAGCGUCAUAAGACUUUAAUGGAUAGAACUACCGGGGAUGGUGCAGAUAGUGCUGAAGAUUCAGGGUCUUCACAGUCUUAUCCUUCUACAUUACCUGGAAUUCCUAAGCAGGGUAGUGCCAGGCAAUUGUUUCAACGUUUGCAGGGGCCAAUGGAGGAGGAUACACUGAAGUCUCAUUUUGAGAAAAUUAUAAAGAUUGGGCAGAAGCAGCAUUACCCUAAGAAUCAGGUUGAUAACCUGGAUUCAAAACAAUUAGCACCUGUCCAUAAUUCACACGCGAUUGCUCUUUCCCUAACCAGCCCCAACAACCUGAAUGGAAGUAUUUUGACGCCACUUGAUCUCUGUGAAGCGGAAGAAAUAAACCCAGAUGUCCCAGCCCUUGGGUAUCAAAGUUCUCAUCCUGGUGGUAUGACAUUACCAAAUCAAGGUUUUGUACCAUCAAUGCUUCCUACAUCCGGGGUGAAUUCUUCACUACCAGGGUCUUCUUCUGGUAUGGUUCUUGGCCAUAACUUGUCAUCAUCACCUGGUCCAGUUGCUGCAUCUGUCAGGGGUGGUAGAUAUGGGAUUCCCAGAAAUUCACCUUCAUCAGUGGAUGAGCAACAGAGAAUACAAUACAAUCAAAUGCUAUCUGGAAGAAACAUUCAGCAGAGUAUGCCAGUUACAGGGACUCUUUCUGGAAGUGAUCAUGGUGUUCGCAUGCUUCCUGGUGGAAAUGGUAUGGGCUUAAUGGGUGGAAUUAAUAAAAACAUGGCAAUGAGGCCUGGGUUUCAAGGAAUGGCAUCACCAUCAAUGCGUAAUUCUGGAAGUAUGCUUUCCUCUAGUAUGGUUGGUAUGUCAAGCCCUGUAAAUAUGCACUCUGGAGUUGGUACUGUACAAGGCAACUCAAUGUUAAGACCUCAUGAGAAUCUACAUAUGAUGAGGCCUGGCCAUAACCCAGAACAUCAGAGACAAAUGAUGGUUCCAGAACUUCAGAUGCAGGUCACCCAAGGGAACAGUCAAGGUAUUCCUGCUCUGUGUGGGCCGAGUUCUGCCUUUAGCAAUCAGACAACACCACCUGUUCAGCCUUACCCAGGACAUGCCCAACAGCCACACCAACUCCCCCAGCAGCAGUCCCAUCUCAGCAGUCCUCAUCUUCAAGGUCCUAGUCAUGCCACUAAUUCACAGCAACAAGCCUAUGCUGUUCGGUUGGCAAAGGAAAGACAACUGCAGCAACGAUAUCUGCAGCACCAGCAGCAGCUUGCUGCAUCAAAUGCAUUAAUGCCACAUGUCCAGGCUAAGUCUCAACUUCCCAUCUCAUCAUCACCACUGCAGAACAGUUCUCAGGUUCAACCACAAAAUUCUCCUCAGCAAGUGCCUCUUUCACCUAUAACGCCAUCAUCCCCUUUAACUCCAUUGUCAUCCCAGCUCCAACAGCAGAAACUUCACCAUGCACAACCUGGGUUCAGCAGGAAUUCCACUGCCAGUGGGUUGACUAAUCAAGCAGCAAAGCAACACCCACGCCAUCCGCCACAGCGGCCGCAGCAGCAGUAUCAACAGCCCGGUAGGCAACAUCCUAAUCAACGGCAUAAUGUACAGUCUCAACAGCAGGCAAAACUUCUGAAGGGAAUGGCAAGAGGAAAUAUGAUGGUCCAUCAGAACCUCUCUGUGGAUACUUCUCAUCUAAGUGGACUCUCUCUGCCUGCGGGAAGCCAAACUGGUGAAAAAGGGGACCAAAUCUUGCACAUGAUGCAAGGUCAAAAUUUAUAUCCUGGAUCUGGUUUAAAUCCAAAUCAACCAUCAAAGCCUUUGGGUCAUGCUUUUUCUUCAAACCAUUCACAGUUGCAACAGAAGUUACAUUCUGGGUCACCAACCACUUCAUCAAAGCAACUUCAUAUUCCUUCUGAUACUAGUACUCAAGGACAGGUUUCACCAGUUUCAUCGGGUCAGUUGUUGUCACCUCCGCAGCCAGCUGUUAUUGCUUCUAACCACCAUCAGCUUCAGCCACAGGUUCAAUCUAAGAAAAUUAAUCAAACUCAAACAAAUGUUAAGAGAAUGUUGCCUCAAAACCAUUACGAGCAUUCUAUGUCAUCUAGCAAGUCUCUGUCUGAUCAAAGUCAAUCUGAUCAACUGCCUGCAAACAGUGCUUCGCAGGUUAGUGCAAUGACAGAGGGUUGUAUGGAUUCUGCUAGUGUGGUACCAGGUGUUACUACUGCUGUAUCUUCUCAGUGGAAAGCAUCAGAACCACCAUUUGAUUCCGCUAUGAACAAUCAAACUCAAGAGAGCUCCUUGGGGAGUGCACCUGUUGAAAAUUCCACGGGAAAUGAGCAACCAACAAUUAGUCAAGGGUUGGGGCCAAGGUCAGUUAGCUUGAUUUCUCAGGCACAUAAUUCUGAUACACAGUCACAAUCUCUCCAACAGUCAUCACAACCCAUCCUAUCUCAGCAGCCGUAUCCAGCUGAGCAGCAGCAGCAACAGGAGCAAGAACAACAUUCUCCUAAAGAUCUUGCUUUACAACAUCAACCUCAGCAACAUAUGCAACAUCUACAAUCAGGGCAGAGCAGUUUGUUUAUCCAGUCACCUAAUUCUAUUGUGGAAUGAUGCAUUCUAACUGAUGGAGCAGCCAAGUGCGCUUGUUCUGUCAGGAUUGGAGUUUCUAUACCUUUAACAGCAGUGUACAGGAAAAAAAAAGAAAAAAGAAAGGCCUCAAUUUGUCAUGGGAUUUUGUGCAGAUGAAGCUCACGGGGACUGGAAUAUGGAAACAGAUAUUCGUUGUUUCUGGACAAGUCCUGUUGAAGUACUAACCGAAGUUAUAUUGGCAGGCAUCAUUGCUUAUCUUUUGCAAAUCUUGUAUAUUACCACGGUUCUUAGAAGGUCCCCCCCCCCCUACCACACACAACCAUUUUGCCUUUCUGAAAAGAGACGAGUAUAGAGGUAUUUUUGUACAGGGUCGUCUCUUAUUUCCUUUGUACUUUCUCCCUCCUUUUCCUUUUGUCUUCCUUUACCUUCUCAUGUGUAGAGGAACAGUUCCUUUUUGUUUUACUAGAUUAGUGAAUGUAUUAUUACUUUAGAUAAUCGGGAUAGAAAUCAUUUUUAUGGGCACAAGCCUAUUGAAGUUUUUGUGAAUACAUAUUUCCUGGUGUUCCAACUAGUCAAUGAUGUCUUUAUUA